CAUCGAGCAUCGAAUAUAAGUUACUAUUGGAUAUGUACAGAACACUUAACCUUAGCCCUUGGCUUUGUCUUUGUGCCAUCAUAAUAAACUGGAAGUUGGGUGGUUCUUCUCUGUAUUAUACCACCAACUCCGAGUUCGGGAUCUUCAUGGCCAUCUCGGUGCCCAUUGGCCUGACGCAUCGGAAUGUGUUCCUUUCGUACAAUUACGAGUUUAAUUACUAUCAACCGGAGCAUGUGUACAAAUAUCCGCCAAUCUUGAUGGGCCAGGACUUUCAGGAUGGCUAUCUCACAUAUCCCACCACGGGACGUGAUUCCCAGGGCAGGCAUUGCCAGAAUUGCACAGAUUGGAAAUUGGAGGGGAAUAUUACAACCUCAGCGAAUGCCUCUGAAGCGGCAGCAUCGCGUGAAAAGCGUGGCUUGACCCUGAUGAGUCGCUCAGUUUUUUAUGCCAUGCUGCGGGACAAGUUAAGGAGAUCUGGUUUUUCCGCCGAAGCCUGUUUGCUGCGCCUGAUAUGCGACACAAAUGCCUCCCAGCUGGGUGAUGUUAAUGGUUUUUUGGGCAGCCUAGUUCACAUUAUAUUCAGCCCCAGCAGCUCUAAGGAUGAGCACCUGCCGCAUGAGUAUUACCAGGCUGAAUUUGAGGGAAGAGAGCACAGGGACUGCUCGGCCUAUACCAAAGACUGUGAAGAAAACGUCUUGGAUCUGAUUUCUGUGCCACUGGAACAGGCGCUCAGUGAUAUAGCAAGUCGCCGGCGAAGAAAAUAA